UAGGCAGUAUUACCUGGUCACACUGCCGCUUGCCAAUAACAAUUUCGAAAAUUUAUUUGAUGACCAUUAGCCAAGAACACUGCACCACCUGCAAAUCACAUAUUUUAGAAUGUCUGACGUGUUUAUUGUGUCUGCCGCCCGCACCCCUAUUGGUAGCUUUAAUGGAACGCUUUCUAAACUGAAGGCUUCGGAUUUGGGCAGCGUAGUGGUCCAGGAGGUGCUCCGUCGGGCAAAUGUGGACGGCCAACAGGUCAACGAGGUGAUCUUGGGCCAGGCACUCACCGCCGGUCAGGGUCAGAAUCCCGCUCGCCAGGCUUCUCUUAAGGCGGGUCUGCCAAUCCAGGUGCCGGCGUACAACAUUAAUAUGCUUUGCGGUUCUGGCUUAAAAACCGUAGCAUUGGGCUACCAGGCCAUUCGCUCUGGAGAUGCACAGAUUGUGGUGGCAGGCGGGCAGGAAAACAUGUCCCUAGCUCCACACGUCAUGCACCUCAGACAGGGAGUCAAAAUGGGUCCCGGAACUCUGGUGGACUCUAUGAUCCACGAUGGCCUUACCGAUGCCAUGGAAAAUAUUCACAUGGGCAUCACCGCCGAGAAUCUGGCUGAAAAGUACCAAAUAAGUCGCGAGGCCCAGGAUACCUAUGCAGUACAGUCACAAAAUCGGGCCGAGGAAGCCCAGAAAAAUGGCUAUUUCGACAAGGAAAUAGUCCCUGUGGAGAUCAAGGAUCGCAAGGGCACCCAGAUCUUUAGCAAGGAUGAGUACAUAAAAGCGGGCAGCACCGUCGAAGGCAUACAAAAGCUAAGGGCAGCGUUUAAAGAGGGCGGCUCUAUAACCGCUGGUAACGCUUCAGGUGUCAACGAUUCCGCCGCUGCUGUGCUGCUUAUGUCUGGCGAGGAGGUGGCUAAAAAAGGCCUAAAACCGCUCGCCAAGAUUGUGGGCUGGACGCAGAGUGGCAUUGAACCCAAGGUGAUGGGUCUCGGCCCUGUCACUGCAGUAGAAGCAUUGUUAACCAAAAUCGGCUGGAAGCGGGAGGAAGUAGAUCUCUACGAGCUCAAUGAAGCUUUCGCCGCCCAAUCCCUGGCUGUUCUUCAGGAACUUAAACUGGAUGCCAGCAAAGUGAAUAUUAAUGGCGGUGCCAUUGCCCUGGGGCACCCAAUUGGAGCCUCAGGCGCCCGUGUCCUGGUCACGUUGCUAUAUGCGCUGGAGCGCACCGGUGGAAGUCGAGGAAUUGCUUCUCUUUGCAUCGGUGGCGGCAUGGGAAUCGCUUUGGCCGUGGAGCGUUCUAUCUGAUCCACUAAGUAAUUUAAGCUGUUUAUUUCCUUAUACGGUUUUCCUCUUAAGUGCAAAGUUGCCUAUUUAUGUAUUCCGCCUUCUAAGCACGUAUUACUCCCAAGUACUUAUAGUCAGAAAUCAUGUCACAAGCUCAGUCACAACGUCUACCCAAUUAAAACUAAUUUAAAAAGAUCUGUGUUUAAGGUGAAUUAUAAUUGAAAUUGUCACUACUUUGUGGACCAAUAAACCGCAAUUGGCUGGUUUAUUUCAGGAAAAUUCAGUUUAUCCGCCAAUUGCGUCAAACCUGAUUGAGAAAAUAUUUAUAGUACAUUUGUUAUGAUGAUGCACAACCAACUUUAUUUGCUUUUAGUUUCUUUUUGAACUUAUUCAUGUUUGUACACUGUGAAUUAAAUUAGCAUUUAACUGCAAGUCGGCGUACACAACGUGUCAGUCCUUAAAAUAACAAGGCAGGUAAACAAAAGCCUGGCAUCAUUAUAAUAUAUUUAGUUUUGAAUAAUUAGUAACUUAAAAUGCUCUAAACCUAAAAAAUAAAUGUUGCUAACGUAUGUAAAAUUGUAUAAUCAGUUUUGUUAAAACAUUUUUACAAAGUGAAUAGUAUAUUGGUUGGCCAGUGUAUUCAAUCGUAA